AGCAUAUUCGAGAACGUUUGCAAGUGCAGCUGCAAAUCAAUCAUCAGCUCGAGCAAUCAUGCCAAUCGAAUCUUCAAUGCGAGAAAAGAUUACCAAAGAGUUUCAACCGGAUACCUUAAACAUACGGAAUGACUCUGCCAAACAUGCUCAUCAUGCUGCAAUGGUAGCUCAGGGUGGCGGUAGUGGAGAAACACACUUUUUCGUAGAAAUUGUCGCAAAAGCAUUUGAAGGAAAAACACAAAUCGCUCGUCAUCGUGCAAUAAAUGCGUUAAUGAAGGAUGAAUUCGAUCAAGGUCUUCAUGCGUUGAGUUUGCGUGCUAAAACUCCAGCAGAAUAUGAAAGAGAUCAAGAAAUGCUUAAAGCGAUCAACAAGAGCGGAUAAAAGCAAAUGCACAACAAGAGAGGAGGAGAAAAAUGUAUGAUAUUAGCUGAAACACUGUACAUGUAUGAUGCGCUCAUUGGUUCGAGAUCAAUGGAAAUCAAACGAAUGAAUACUGAUCUCGUCUUUAGACCCUAAAGACAUAAAGGGUAGAGAAGAAGCGACUUGUGG